CUCAUAAAUUGGAUAAUCAUUACGAUUUUCCGUCUUAUGAUUAAACCUUUGAUUUAUUUCAGUCUUCGGAUCCGCAUAUAUGAUUUUUGUCUGGGAGAUGUUGUUUACUGUCUAGUUCAAUGCAUAAUUUUCUUAUUGAUAAAUCGGAUUAGAAAUGGCUUCUCUUUCUUCAAUGUCAGUGGCGAUAGAAUGCGUGAAUGUAUGCAACUUUUGGAAAGGGGAUGUGAAUGGCAAGUAUGAUUGCAGUAUGCUCUCGUGUGCUUCCAGAGCUCCGAGAGCGCUGACUGGAUUUCUCGCAACCACUACUUAUCCUUAUCAGGCAUGUGGAAGAAUUGUGAGAAGAAAUUCCAUCCGAUAUAGAUGUGAAGCCCGUCACUGGGGGUGGUUUUUACAUGAAGCCUCAAAUUUGAUUGCUCAGCAUAAGCUUACAAGCUCAAGCAUAACACAUUUUGCCAGCAAAUGGAAGUUGUGCUGCUCUUCGUCUUCUUCUUCUUCAUCAGAAUCUGAUGAGGUUUCUCUUAACAGCUUGUGGGAGGAUCUUAAACCUAGCAUAUCAUAUCUCUCUCCCAAGGAAUUGGAGUUAGUGUAUAAGGCACUGAAUUUGGCUUUUGACGCGCAUGAUGGUCAAAAGAGGCGCAGUGGGGAGCCCUUUAUUAUUCAUCCUGUUGCAGUUGCUAAAAUUCUUGGAGAACUUGAAUUGGAUUGGGAGUCAAUAGCUGCUGGUUUAUUGCAUGAUACGGUGGAAGAUACAAAUGUUGUUACCUUUGAAAGAAUAGAGGAAAAUUUUGGCACAACAGUUCGCCGCAUUGUGGAAGGGGAGACAAAGGUAUCCAAACUUGGGAAACUCAAAACGAAGGAUGAGAACCAUUCUGUUCAAGACGUGAAGGCAGAUGACCUCCGUCAGAUGUUUCUGGCCAUGACAGAAGAGGUCCGUGUUAUAAUUGUCAAAUUAGCUGACAGAUUACAUAACAUGCGAACUCUUUCACACAUGCCUCCACAUAAGCAGUCCAGCAUAGCUACAGAGACGCUGCAGGUUUUUGCACCUCUGGCUAAACUGCUUGGCAUUUACCAAAUAAAGUCAGAACUGGAAAAUCUGGCAUUUAUGUAUACCAACCCUCAAGAUCAUGCUAAGGUCAAGAGAAGAGUUGCAGAACUUUAUAGAGAACAUGAAAAGGACCUGAAAGAGGCAAACAAAAUUUUGAUGACGAGGAUUGAGGAAGAUCAGUUCUUGGACCUUAUGACUGCGAAAAUUGAAGUUCGGCCUGUGUGCAAGGAACCUUACAGCGUCUACAAAGCUGUUCUUAAAUCCCAAAGCUCAAUAAAUGAAGUUAACCAGAUCGCACAGCUUCAAAUUAUCAUAAAACCAAAGCCAUGCGUUGGAGUUGGGCCGUUGUGUAGUGCACGACAGAUAUGCUACCAUGUGCUUGGACUGGUACAUGGAAUUUGGACCCCCAUCCCUCGAGCCAUGAAGGAUUAUAUUGCCACCCCAAAGCCCAAUGGAUAUCAAAGUCUUCAUACCACAGUCAUUCCCUUUCUCUAUGAGAGCAUGUUUAGACUGGAAGUUCAGGUAAGGACGGAAGAGAUGGAUUUGAUUGCCAAAAGAGGGAUUGCUGCACACUACAGUGGGAAAGGUUUUGUCAAUGGCUUGGUUGGACAUGUUAUGCCAAAUGGCCAAAGCUCACAAGGGAAAGCAGUCUGUCUUAACAAUGCCAGUGUUGCUCUCAGGAUAGGCUGGCUCAAUGCUAUCAGAGAAUGGCAAGAAGAGUUUGUUGGUAAUAUGAGCUCUAGGGAAUUUGUUGAUACAGUCACCAGGGAUCUUUUAGGCAGUCGCGUCUUUGUAUUUACACCAAGGGGAGAGAUUAAAAAUCUUCCCAAGGGGGCGACUGUUGUUGAUUAUGCAUAUUUGAUACACACUGAGAUAGGAAACAAAAUGGUGGCUGCUAAGGUCAAUGGCAAUCUUGUCUCUCCAAUGCAUGUACUUGCAAAUGCUGAAGUUGUGGAGAUUAUUACUUAUAAUGGGCUCUCUAGUAAAUCUGCUUUUCAGAGACACAAGCAGUGGUUGCAACAUGCAAAAACACGUAGUGCGCGACACAAGAUAAUGAAAUUUCUGAAGGAGCAAGCCGCAUUGUCAGCAACUGAAAUAACUGCAGAUUCAUUGAAGGAAUUUGCUGCGGAAUCGGAAGAAGAUAGUGAAUUGGAAGAAGUAGUAAGUUAUCCUGAAGGGGCUAAACACACAUGGGAGAAAAUUUUGAGAAAUGUAAUGCAAAUGGCAUCUGCUAAGACAAGUGAGGAAGGUAUAUUUCAAUCUGAUAAAGAUGGCGAUACGACUCCUAAGGUUAAUGGGAAACAUAACAAGAAUAUGCAGCAUAUGAGCUUGAAGGCCAAAGGUGAGGUGCUAUCUCAAGGAAAUGGUGUUGCCAAAAUGCUUCUUGCCAAUAUUCCUCUGUACAGGGAAGUGUUGCCCGGCCUAGAGGGCUGGCAAGCUAGCAAGAUUGUUUCUUGGCACAACGUUGAAGGGAACUCUAUCCAGUGGUUUUCGAUAGUCUGCAUUGACCGGAGAGGCAUGAUGGCGGAUGUUACAUCAGCACUGGCAGCUGCAGGAAUCACCAUAUGUUCUUGUGCUGCUGAAAUUGAUCGGAGAAAGGGAAUGGGUGUCAUGCUAUUUCAUGUUGAAGCAAGCUUGGAUAAUUUGGCCGGUGCAUGUUCGAAGGUAGAUACAAUUCUUGGUGUUUUGGGAUGGUCAACGGGUUGCAGCUGGCUGAGCGCAAUGGAGAACCACCAGCUCCUAGAGUGUUAAUUAGUGGUCUAUGACUGUAUAGUUUGAUCAGCUCCUAACAGUUGGGGUAAAGUUUUGUUACCAGAUAAUUGAGUUUCUUAGGGAAUUCAGCCUCAAGUUCUCAUAAUUUUUUUGGAAAAUAUAAGCGAAUAAAUCAGAAGUAAAUGCUAGAAAGUCCAUGCAAUCGAGGGACUGUAUAUAGAAAGAAGAGUGGUACUGUGGUAGCACAGUAGUAGCAACAGUAGCAUACAGAAAUUUGUAAGAUGAACAGACAGCUAUCCAUACUAAUAGGUGACUAUAUUAUAAAUACAUUCAUUCUUCA